AUGGUGUGCCCCGAUAGGAGAUAUUGGAGUUUAAAGUUAGAAGAUGCACUAUGGGCGUACCGCACAGUGUAUAAGACGCCGAUUGGGAUGUCCCCGUACAGACUUGUCUUCGGUAAGGCUUGUCAUCUUCCUGUGGAGUUCGAACACAAGUGGUUCUGGACAGUGAAGCAGUGUAACAUGGACCUGGAAGAAGCGGGGGUCCAAAGGAAAUUACAGCUACAAGAAUUGGAAGAGAUUAGGAAUGAAGCAUAUGAGAAUGCCACGAUCUAUAAGGAAAAGAGUAAAAUCUUCCAUAAUCAGCAAGUUUCAAGGAAAUCUUUUGUAGUGGGGCAAAAAGUCCUCUUGUAUCACUCGAGAUUUAAACUUUUUCCCGAUAAGUUGCAUUCUCGUUGGAUUGGUCCAUUUGUCAUUUCUAAUGUGUUUCAUUAUGGUAUAGUAGAAAUCCAAAGUUUAAAGACGGAGAAGAAGUUCGUAGUGAGUGGUCAUCGUUUCAAACCUUAUUAUGAAGAAUUCUCUGUUGAAGAAGUGAAAGUUGUACACCUCAAGGAUCCAAUUUAUCUUGUUUGA